AAUCAGACCUUAUUGAUUGAAGAGUAUGUUCCUCGUUGCCAGUCUCAGAUAGGCAUACUGCCAUUCAGCUUCCCUGCGUGUCCUCUUUCAACUGCCGUUGUUGGGCCACAUCUGUGCUUGUAUUGGGCGCCCCACAGCGCAAUAAACAAUCAACCGGCUUGCCAGAUUCAUUUCCGACAUAGGAAGGGUUUCUUGUCGGACCAGGCGCUAACCCAGCUCGCAGCGCUCCCUCUUGCUAGCUAAGCAAAAUGUUAAAGAUGUUCAAGAAGCCAGAUGUGAAGGAGCAAGUACGGGAAUCGCAGCGUGAGCUACGAAAAGGGACAAGAGACGUGGACCGGGAGGUGCUAGCUCUCCGGCGCGAGGAGGAAAAGCUGAUCCGCGAGAUCAAGGCCGCGGCCAAGACGGGCAACACCCCCGCCACCCGCGUGCUGGCCAAGAGCUUGGUGCGGCUGCGGGGCCAGGUCGCCAAGCUGCAGGGCAGCAGCGCGCAGCUCAAGGGCAUCAGCACCACCAUCACGACCGCUGCCGCCACCACCACGGUGGCCAAGGCGGUGGGCUCGGCCACCAAGACCAUGACGGCGAUGCAGGGUGUCAUGGACCCAGCCAAGAUCAACAAGACCAUGCAGGAGUUCGCGCGGGAGAACCAGCGCAUGGACAUGGCGCAGGAGAUGAUUGGGGACGCGGUGGACGGCGCGCUGGACACGGACGAGACGGAGGAGGAGACGAGCGAGCUGGUGGGGGCGGUGCUGGACGAGAUUGGGAUCGACCUGGCCACCAGCAUGCAGUCAGCACCACAACGGAAGCAGGCGGCCCGGGCGCCAGCGGCGGCGCAGCAGUCGGCGGAGGACGACGAGGCCGAUGAGCUCAUGGCGCGCCUCGCCAAUCUCAAGAGCUGAUGGGGAGUUCAUUGCGCUGGCAUGCAGUCUGUGCCAUGUCGGAAGGGCGACGGAGGGCGACGAGGCGAACGAGUCGCGGUGCGAUUAAGCUUGCGCUAUAGUAUUCGUUUACAUGACGUUUGACAAUCGCCUAUGCGGCGACAGAGCGCGUUAGGAGCAAUGGCAGGUGCGGUGGUUGGGGAUGGCAGCAGCCGAUCGGCGAAGGCCCUCGUAUACGGGCUAGUGCAAACCUUAAACGAAUGAAACUGAUGCAUUGUAUUGCUAAGAACGCUGAACUGGUGAAAUGGAGUUCGUUUGGGGGCCAGGUCGUUAAGACGCGAACUUCUCCCCACCGCGAGGGAAACCUGCACAGUGCCGGGUAUGCAAGUACUUCAUGUAAUACUUGCUACAU